AUGGAUGUGGAAGAGGGUUUGACAGCUGUGGACAAUAUAGUAACUCAAUUCAAUACCUAUGAAGACUUCCUCGACUCGCAGAUCACUACGGUAGAUUUGUACUACCUGGAGGAUGAAGUCCUGGCUCGCCAGUUGGUGGAGCUCGGCUACCGGGGCACUGGAGAGGUGAUAAAAAGGGAGGAUUUUGAAGCAAGGAAGAAAGCUAUUGAGCUUGCAAGGCUGGCUGAAAGGACUCAGAAAAAAACACUAACGAGUACUGGUAAAGACCUGCAAGAUAAUUUUAUGAAGGCUCUGGAAGUGAGAGAAGAAGACAACCGUAAUGGAAAAUUGAGUUUAUUUCAUGAGGAAACAAAUGGCAGCCAUGUUCUGAAACUUUCAAAACAAAUGGCUUCCGUGAUCUUUAUUCGUGACAGAAAUUCUCAUGGACAAGAGAUAUCAGGAUAUAUUGACUAUGCCCACAGACUAAAGACAGAAGAUUUUGAAGUUUACUUUAGUGGUAAGAGAAGACUUCUUCCCAAAUCCACAGAUCUCAGCUUUUACAACUGGGACAGUCAGAUUGCCAUUUGGAAUUCAACUCCCAAUUAUCAAGUGAUUGCUGAUAACCCAGAAGGCUUACUUUUCAAAUACAAAAGAGAUAGAAAAAUUCUCAAUGUGGACCCAAAGGCUGAUCCAGGUGACAACUCUACAAGAACGUCUAUCCAGACAGACCUCUACAUCCAAGCUGUCAUUUUUGACCACAUUUCCAGAAGAAAGACUUAA